AUGAAACACACUCAGACGACGCCAGUCGCUACGUCAGUCACUGCGCCCAUUCCCCCCACCCACACUACCGUCGAGACCAACUCUGCAACUACCUACCUUUCGACCUGGUCGUGCGUUUGCAAAUCCAUCGUUCGGAUACCGUUGAACCAGUGCCUGGAGGACCAACAUCCACCAGAGCCACUCGACUCAACUUUCCACAUUGCCCUCACGCAUCCAACCAUCGCGUGGGUCUGCCACGUCCCCUGGGCAUUCAAGAAAACUUGUGGUAAAUCACUGCAGGCACGGCCAGUUCACAACGCGUUCCCCACGUUAGGACAUGAACCACACGUGCACCCGUCCAAAUUCUCUCAGCACCAGCACCUCUCACGUAAGUGGGAAGUUUUCUCCUUUGCCCCUUUCCCUGUGUGUUUCCUCUGCUGCAUAUUUGGUCGAGCCCGAGGAUUUCACGAUGCGCCGAUCGCCGCGGCUUCGGAGGCCACCAACUGACGAUUCAGUUCACUCUGCGCAGUCAUUCCAGUUGUAUGUGGGUGUUUUGGAAGGUUGACUGGUGGGCAGACAGCCAGGUUAAAAUGGUCCCUUCGUAACGUGACCACUAGCAGCCUCACGCAUAUGAGAUGGCAGAUGCAUAUGUCCUGUUAUAGGAAACCUUGUGUUUGCGUCUGUGGAGGCCAGGUCGCGUGUGUGUGUGUGUGUGUGUGUGGAAAGCGCAGACGAGGUCAGUCGUUACGUCAGCCACUGCGCCCAUUCCGCGCACCAGACAACUGAGCGGCUCGGACAGUGGGUGGGGCUUGGGAAUGAAAAAAGAGAGACCGAGGGCUUAGCGCAUUUUCCACAUGAUCCUGUGCUGGAGCACACCGCAGACAUCGUCGGCAACGACGGUGGUGGUGGUGGUGGUGGUGGUGGUGAUGAUGAUGAUGAUGAUGAUGAUGAUGAUGAUGAUGAUGAUGAUGAUGAUGAUGAUGAUGAUGAUGAUGAUGAUGAUGAUGAUGAUGAUGAUGAUGAUGAUGAUGAUGAUGAUGAUGAUGAUGAUGAUGAUGAUGAUGAUGAUGAUGAUGAUGAUGAUGAUGAUGAUGAUGAUGAUGAUGAUGAUGAUGAUGAUGAUGAUGAUGACUGA